CGCGUGUGUGUGACAGGCUGCAGGGGGGCGACCGUCGCGCGCGUUCUGUCAGUGCACGGAACCCUUCCAGCGCGCGUGCCACGCGUGAACCUGUACAGCGGGGCGACUGUGCGCGCUCCCGCGACUCGCCAUAGAAAACAAAGCUGCGCGUCCUCCAUAACAGCGAGCGGCUGCAGACUCGAGGAGCAUCCGACUUCAUGCUGGUCACAUCGCGCUGAGCAUGGAUCUACAGCGGCCGGAGCAUUGUUAGAGACCGGGCCCUUCGCGGCUGGGGGCGACGGCGGGACAUUGGCGAAAAAAGGACGAGAAUAACACCAGUGUGUCUUUCUGGGGGAUUUUUUUCUUUCUUUUUUUUUCUUUCUUUCUCGGGGUGCUUUGUCUUGUCCACCUACCGACAGCGAACCGUCAGCCCCGCUCCAGUCGCAAGAAAUCCAGCUAGUGGUCACUAGCUGCCGCCCGGGGAUGUGUCAUCAUGUUGUCGCCGUGAAGUAACCGCCAGCACGACGGAUUGUGAAGGACAAGCAGAAAAGAACCACCGCCGAGGUCCCCGCGGGUCGUCACCGGGACCCGCAUCCGCGUGAGCCACCGUCGCAGGACCCACUGUUUUCGGCGACAUGGCGGAGCAGGGCUACUCGGCUUGGGCGUACUCCCUAGUUGACUCCAGCCAGGUGUCCACCUUCCUCAUCUCCAUCCUUCUCAUCGUCUAUGGCAGCUUUAGGUCAUUAAACAUGGAUUGUGAGAACCAGGAGAAGGAUAAGGAUGGUAACCCCACGACAACAGGGGCUUUCAACAACGGCAGCACAAACAACAGUAUUCAGACUAUAGACUCCACACAGGCGCUGUUCCUGCCCAUAGGAGCCUCCGUGUCUCUGCUAGUCAUGUUUUUCUUCUUUGACUCGGUACAGGUGGUCUUCACCAUCUGCACUGCAGUUCUCGCAACAAUCGCAUUUGCAUUCCUUUUGUUGCCAAUGUGCCAGUAUCUGACCAGGCCCUGCUCCCCACAGAAUAAGAUUUCGUUUGGCUGCUGUGGCCGUUUCACUCUGGCCGAGCUCCUGUCCUUCUCCCUCUCCGUUUUGUUGGUGCUCAUCUGGGUGCUGACUGGACACUGGCUUCUAAUGGACGCUUUAGCCAUGGGCUUGUGUGUCGCCAUGAUAGCCUUCGUGCGGCUACCCAGUCUGAAGGUGUCUUGCCUGCUUCUGUCAGGACUGCUCAUCUAUGAUGUGUUCUGGGUUUUCUUCUCAGCCUACAUCUUCAAUAGUAAUGUGAUGGUCAAAGUUGCGACCCAGCCUGCUGAAAACCCCAUAGAUGUUCUGUCCAGGAAGCUCCACCUGGGGCCGGGGAUGGGCCGCGACGUCCCUCGCCUCUCGCUACCGGGCAAACUGGUCUUUCCCAGUUCCACAGGAAGUCACUUCUCAAUGCUGGGAAUAGGAGACAUCGUGAUGCCAGGGCUGCUGUUAUGUUUCGUCCUGCGAUAUGAUAACUAUAAGAAGCAAGCGUCAGGGGAAGUCCCGGGGCCUGGUAACAUGCCCGGACGCAUGCAGCGCGUCUCCUAUUUCCACUGCACUCUCAUCGGAUACUUUGUGGGUCUGCUGACCGCCACUGUGGCCUCCAGGAUCCAUCGUGCUGCUCAGCCCGCUCUGCUUUACCUGGUGCCCUUCACCCUGCUGCCUCUGCUCACCAUGGCCUACCUGAAGGGGGAUUUGCGGCGCAUGUGGUCCGAGCCCUUCCACACCAAGGCCACUAGCUCCCGCUUCCUGGAGGUAUGAUGCACCCUGGGAUGAACGACCAGCGGCGGGGAGGACUGCGCAAUCCUUUCUCUUGAUCAGAGGGAAGGAGAGAGAGAGAGAGGGAGAGAGGGUACACGCACAGUGAGGCCACGUUGUCAUCACUUGUUCAUGCUUUCCGCCAAUCUUCUGUGAAAACCCUCAGAAGGACACCAGUGAGUGGAUCACAACGCCCCGACACAACUCAUCUUUGGUCCCCGCAUCCUCCCCGUUUCAUCGCCGCUUCCUCUUUUCUGUUUAUUUCCUCUUCACAUCCUGCCCGGUGCUGUUUUUGUCCUGCCCCCCCCCCCCCUUUGCCCCUUUUUUUCCUCUUCUGUAGUUGGUCUCUUGCUCCGCCUCCUUCCCAUGGUGGCCCGCUCCAUUCGAACGAUCUCUUUUCUCUCUCUCCUUCUUUCCCUGCAUCUUUAAUUUCCUUUGCAUCUGUUUGUCGGCGACUCAGAUGAACUCGAGGGCCAGACCUCUCUCCCCCUUUUUGUGGACUUACAGUUGUGAGACAUGGCUGGGGUUUAUAUAUAUUUUUUUAGCAUUGUCGUGGUCAUUAUUAUUAUUAUUAAUAUUAUUAUUAUUAUGGAACGAUUUACACAAACGUUGAAGAGGCAGAGUGUUGCAGUGGCACAGGACAGUGCUCGGGAGCAGCGACAGUAAAGGAGAAGUCUUCCCCCUCUAUCCGUCUCCCUCAUGCCCCCCCCCCCCCCCCCCCCCCAGGCUUUCUUCAUCUGUUCUCUUCGUCAGCCCUCAACAAUGGCUUCCCCCGACGGUGUGAGCCUCGCCCUCCUCCUCCUCUCUGUUCAUCUGCUGUCCCCCGCCCUCCCAGAUAACUAUGUAUUUUAGUUAAUAAAGUUUUAUUCUUGGCAUAUACAGAAAUUAUGCAUUAUAAAUUCUAAAGCUGCCCCCGGUGUUUGAGGGGCUGCUCUUAUUUGUAUAUAUGUGUACACAUGUAUUUGCGGUAUCAUGAGUUUGUAUUUGUGAUCGGGAGCAUGUUGCGUAGAGGAGGAAACUGACGCCGGGCCAACAGCAACGUUUUGGUAAAAGUUUUGGCUGCCAGUCGAGUCGACCUGUGAACAAUCGUCAUUCGGACGUUGUUUUUCCAAAGUUCGUUGGCUUGUGUGAUAGAAACGUAGCUGAUGGUCUCUUUGGAAGAAAAACAAAAACAAAAAAAAUCUUCAUCAGUGGCUGGUUGAAGAUAGUUAGUUUCCUGCUCUAGUGUUAAAGUGUGAAUGUGUGUGUGUCUCUGUGUGUGUGUGUGGGUGGAAGAGAGAGAGAAACGGAUGUGCGAGCGUUUGUUUUACUUGGUUUUUAAUUUGAAAUCAUAACUUGUUAAACAUGGCGGCAAUAGUCAGGUUUCCAGUGAGCUGGGCGCGUUGCAUCACACUGUCAACAACACACGACAUGUCCAAUGGAAACAGUUUGUGUUUCAUCUUGUAAAGAUUUACUGAACUUAUUCCCAACAGGGGUCCUUUUUAUUUUUUAUGAGUCUUUUUGCAGACGGGUGAAAAUGUAAACUGUUUUUUUUUCUCACGUUUUUUUUUCUAUGUAAAUUGUUCCCCCCCCAAUAAAUGAAUGUUGAAUUAC